CCGCUUCCUGCCAAAGCUGUCUACUACACACACAUCUUGUGCAAGCAGUAUCCGGGCAUUGAUGGAAAGUUUGCUUCUCAGCUUGCUCCCAACAUGAAGUCCGAUUCCAAUGUUCCAAUGAAUGGUUGCGCUGGUCUGAUGGCAACGGCAGUGGACGCAAGAGCAAUCGCGAGGUAGUAAAGAGGAUGGACGAAGCUACAGAGCAGAUCAAAGAAAACCACAACAAAACUUUCAUGCAGCGGCAAGAGUACAUUGAUCUACAGAAGGCUGAAGCAAAGCGCAAAGCUGACACCGACAACUGGCAAGAGUACACGCGUCUUAGCAAAGAAUUCCGCGGAAUGAAGAAAGAAGACGAUCCGGAUAAUGAUAUCAUGUUGUCUCAACUGGCGGUACGUAUUCGCAGCAUUGAAAAGGACCUUGGUAUCACCAACAGCAUCACCGAUGGGUAUUAG